AUGGGUAAUCGCGGAUACGCUAAAGCCGUGUUGGAGCUGAUUGAUCCGAAGGGAAUGUAUUUUGGGAAUAGAGUGAUAACAAGAACCGAGAGUCCUGAGCUGAAGACGCUUGAUUUGGUUUUGGCUGACGAGCGUGGAGUGGUGAUUGUGGAUGAUAGGCGUGAUGUUUGGCCGACCGUUCACCACGAUCACAAGCACAGUAACCUAGUGCAGAUUCGCAAGUGCCACUAUUUCAGAGUCAAGGACGAAAAACAGAGCUUCACUUUAGAUUCUUCAAAGUCGAACAAGAGUUAG